GAACGUUCUCCAUUCUCCAUCAAAGAAAGUUUGUAAACAAAAAGGCUUCGGUCGGUUGCCGGCAAACAUUUUUACAAAAUCCGCGAUCAUCCGCGUCUAGCGAGUAAUUUAGCGAGUGCAUUUCGCCUCCAAAACACACAAUGUCAAUCGGCGUGCCGAUUAAAGUGCUUCACGAGGCCGAAGGGCACAUCGUGACGUGCGAAACCAACACCGGCGAAGUGUACCGCGGUAAACUGAUCGAGGCGGAGGACAACAUGAACUGUCAAAUGACAAACAUUGUGGUCACUUACAGAGACGGCCGCACUGCCGAACUGGAGAACGUUUACAUUAGAGGCUCAAAAAUAAGAUUUCUGAUUUUGCCUGAUAUGUUGAAAAACGCGCCCAUGUUUAAAAGACAGGGCCAAAAAGGCGGCGGCGGUGCAGCCGGUCGAGGAAAGUCUGCAAUUCUCAGAGCCCAAGCUGCCAGAGGUCGAGGACGUGGUGGAAGAGGAAGAGCUGGAAGUUGGCCUGGUCAGGGAGGUCCAGGAGGAGAAAGGGGAGGCGGCGGAGACAGAGGCCGACGAUGAGAAAAUUUCUAAAGCAAGAAGAGCCCAUCGUCCAAGACGAGCUGCAAAAGAAGUUUAUUUUUGUCUUUCACCAGUCCACCAAGUUCUUUUUGAGAAAGUUCAGGAGCUCUUCAGGGUUGAGUUUGCCACACUCCUAUCAUCAUCAACUUUGUCCGUAGAGAGGAACAGGAUUUUGAUUUUUAUUCCAUGUCACUCAUAAUACUGAUGUUUUGCAUUAUUACAUAGAUGUAAUUUUUAAGGCCGUAAUUGUACAAAUUAAUAAAUUCUGAAAAAAAUGUA